GGAAUAAUUUCGUAGGCUCAUGCCAUCCUCGUUCAUCAACUGCUCCUCCUCCUCCUCGGAGUAGUCGCCCCCUUUUACUCACCUUCUUCUUCUCUAACCCUAACCCUAAUCCUAAAUCUGCCGACCAUUCAACUGGAUUUCUAGGGUUUUUCGGGCUCCGUGCCGGAGAGACUGGAUCAGGGUUUGGAGGCGAUUUGUCUUUCCUUAGAAGGUGGCAUUUUGUUUGGUCGCAUGGGCUUCGUUUGGUUGUAUUUGUGGUGGUAAAGAGGCUCAUAAUGGGGAAUGGGGGAUCUUGGUGUCUUUGGGAUUUUCCGAGGCUCCUUUGCGUCAAUGCGGUGAUUUAGCUAGCCGCAUUGCGGAGAUUUGGAUGUUUUCUUUUGUUUCUUUGCGUCAAUGCUGGGAUUUAUCUAAUUCGUUUUUUUUUCGAGAAAGGCGCGAUUUUACUUGUAUUUUAGCUUUCUAGGGCUUUAGAAGUUGAAGGAAUCAAGAGAAAUGAGAGGGGCUUUCGUGGAUCGGUGUUAGCUCUGGGGUGAAAUCUUCCCUUUUGGAAUCUUUGUAAAGAAAAGGAGGAAUUUACUUGUUCUUGCUUCGCCAACAAGCUUGUUUGUGAUUUGGGUUUCUGAACAAGGUCGAAAUGGAGUUUUUUAAAGGGAAAAAGUUCAGAAGAGCUCGCAUGCCAAAAGAGGAGGAUGAUCUGAACCCUGAAAGCGAUCAAGGGGCCUUGGAGGAACCAAAAGUUGGCACCAUGGAUUCGGCACCGAAGGCAGCUGCUGCUGACCCAGCUGUGGAGGAGGAGGAUGAUGACGAUGAUUUCAUCACUAAUGAAGUGAAGAGGCGGCUGAAGGAGCUGAGGAAGAACAGCUUCAUGGUUCUGAUUCCUGAAGAAUCGUGCCCAGAAGAGGAGGAGUCAAGUUCAAGUGAGUGGAGGGAAUCGGAGGUGGAAGAUGGGUAUCCCUGGUGUGGAUUUGAUACAUUAUACAAUAAAUAUUGCGAGAGGAUGCUGUUCUUCGACAAGAUGAUCGCUCAGCAGUUGCAGGAAGCAGGAUCUUGGAAUAUUUCAAAUAAUUCACCGAGAUCUGUAUCUAAGAAGCUGUCAUUGACUCUAAGGAACCUUUCUUUCAAGAAGCGAGAUGAACUUCAAGAUGACUGUGAGCAUCUACGACAAUCUCGGGAGGAUGACCCUUACCAUAGUCUUGAAACUGCUUACAUAGCACAAAUUUGUUUGACUUGGGAGGCUCUCCAUUGUCAGUACACUCAACUGAGUCAGAAACUAUCAUCCCAACCCGAAAAUGCCACCACCUAUUGCUAUGCUGCUCAGGCAUUUCAGCAAUUCCAGGUUCUGUUGCAGAGGUUUAUUGAAAAUGAGCCCUUUGAACAGGGUUCCAGGGUGGAAAUUUAUGCCCGAACUCGAAGUUCUCUCUCCAAGUUGCUUCAAGUUCCUAGUUUUCAAGGUAUGGACCAGAAAGAAAAUGAGGCAGAUGAAUUAGACCCACCGAUCUUUUCCUCCGACCUUUUGAAUAUAAUGGAGGAGUCAAUUUUAACCUUCCUCCUUUUUGUAAAGACGGAUAAGAAAAAAUCAGUCAGUUCUCUGAAUUUAUUUAGGGGUCACAAUCAGGAUGAAAGCUCCCUUCAGCAGGUUAAAGCCUCUCUUGAGAAGAAGGAGAGCAAAGUGAAGGAGCUCUCCAAAAUCAAAGGUUGGAAGAAAUCGUGGCCAGCCACCCCAGAUAAAGUGGAGCUGCUACUUGGCCUCAUUGACAUCAAAGUCGUAGCAAGGGUUUUGAGAAUGGCAAGAAUCAGCAAGGAGCAGUUGCUAUGGUGCGAAGAGAAGAUGAGCAAGCUUGAUUUGUCUGAGAACAAGCUCUGCCGAGAUGGGUCGCCAAUCCUUUUCCCUUGUUGAUGUUUUUUUUUUUUUCUUCUGUUAAGGUGGGUAGCAUCUUUUGGAAACCUGGACCUAUAUAUUUAUCUUAUGAUUUGUAAGUUGGUCGUUUUGCUGCUAGCUUGUAGUAACCCGAAGUAACCAAUCAUGAAAGUUCGCUCACUAGUGUGAUGUCACAGUUCAUCAGCAGACCUCAUAUUGAUAUAUCACAGCAGGUUUUAGUUACUGAAAAGUAGAUCUAAGUUUGUUCA